AUUGAAGAGUGAAUUGUUUUAUUACGGUCCAGCACAAAUGUCUGCCGUGCUGACAUUGGCCAGUUACUCGUGGCUCGGAUGGGGCUCGUUCACCUGGACUGUUCUCACUGUUUUAUUGAUCGUCUAUUAUCGCAUGUGGAGUCAAUCGCGAACCGUACGUCUCAUUAACGCACUUCCCGGACCGAAUUACCUACCUUUCCUCGGCAAUUUCUUAGAUUUGAACAUCAGUCUCGAUGAAUAUCUGCAACUUUUACAUUUCGAUUGGAUCAAAAAGUAUGGACCCAUUUUUCGCGUAUGGGGUGGAUUCCGUCCAGUGGCUGUCAUUUCAUCACCGCAACUCAUGGAGCCCAUUUUGGUCAGCCAGAAGCUCAUCACCAAAGCGACGGAAUACACUUACCUGAGCCCUUGGCUGGGCAAUUGCAUGUUUUUAACGACCGGUGCCCGUUGGAAGAACAGGCGACGUCUAUUAACACCAGCCUUCCAUUUCCAGAUCCUCAAGAGUUUCGUCGACGUCUUUAACGAGAAAAGCGUCGAUUGCGCUCGCCAACUGGAACAGGCGAUCGAAAAGCACGGCGACGACGAGUUUGACAUCUUUCCAAUAAUGACGCAAUGUGCCCUGGAUAUUAUUUGUGAAAGUUCCAUGGGCCGGCAAACGCGAAGUAAAGAAGAGAAGGCGAUCUACGUUAAAAAUCUUCACAGAAUUGGGCAAAUUGUCAUGGAACGAGGCAUUCGGCCGUGGCUGACCUUCGAUUGGAUUUACCAGUUUAGUUCGUUGGGUCGUGAAAAUCAACGCUGCGUCCAAGCUCUUCACGGAUUCACCAAUCAGGUCAUUCGUGAUCGUCGUGAAGCACUGCGUUUAGAGGAGCAAUCGUUGAAGCAACACACGGCCGAUGGAUCGCUUAAUAAUAACAUCGACGAAGAUAAAAUAGGCACCUCAAAGGAAAGGUUAGCUUUUCUCGAUUUACUGAUCAAAGCGUCUGAAGCUAAUCCCGAUUUCACCGACGAUGACAUCCGAGAAGAAGUGGACACUGUUAUGUUUGCGGGGCAUGAUACGACAGCGUCGGCCAUGACGUGGUUCCUUUACUGCAUCGCUAGACAUCCUGAAUAUCAGCAACUGGUAAUGGAUGAGGUGGAUCAGGUGUUUGAUGGCGACAUGGAACGUCCGUGCACGAUACAAGACGCGGCAGAGCUCAAAUACCUGGAAUGUUGUAUAAAAGAGACGUUGAGAUUAUACCCAAGCGUACCAGCUGUUAUGCGAUGCCUAACUGAAGACGUAGACAUUGGUGGUUAUAAAUUACCUGCCGGCGUGUCUGUUGCCCUAAUGAUUUAUGGCAUGCAUCACAGUCCGCUAGUUUAUCCCGAUCCAGAAGCCUUCAAGCCGGAUCGGUUCCUUCCGGAGAACAGCAUCGGACGUCAUCCAUACGCUUUUAUUCCUUUCAGCGCUGGCCCACGCAAUUGCAUCGGACAAAAAUACGGAAUCCUAGAAAUCAAGAUCGUUUUGGCUAAUCUGAUGCGUAGGUUCCGGUUUAGUGUGGCGGACUCCUCACAGCCGAUGAUCAUCCCGUCUAGCGAGAUUGUAUUAAAACCUAAACACGGUGUUCCUCUGAUUGCAUCCAAACGGUUAAUCAUUAACUGAUUCAUUUCAAAC